AUGAAGUACUUGGCCGUGACUGGCGGGACCGUCAGUGGUCUGGGGAAGGGCAUCACCAUCAGCAGCAUUGGUGUCGUGCUCAAGUCGCUCGGACUGCGCGUGACGUCCAUCAAGAUCGACCCGUACCUGAACUGCGAUGCCGGCACCAUGUCCCCUUUCGAGCACGGUGAGGUCUUUGUGCUCAAUGACGGCGGGGAAGGCGACUUGGACUUGGGCAACUACGAGCGGUUCUUGGGCAUUACACUCACGCGCGACCACAACAUCACGACCGGUAAAGUCUACACGCACGUGCUGGAGCGAGAGCGUCGCGGCGAUUACUUGGGCAAGACGGUGCAGGUGGUACCCCACGUGACGGACGCGAUCCAAGACUGGAUCGAGCGUGUGGCUCAGAUUGGUGUGGACGGCGCACGCGCUGCUGAGCCAAGUACACUGGACGACGACAGAGCUGCGGACGUGUGUCUGAUUGAAGUGGGUGGUACGGUGGGCGACAUUGAGAGCAUGGUGUUCCUCGAAGCGCUGCGGCAGUUCCAGUUCCGUGUUGGGCCCGAGAACUUCUGUCUCGUGCACGUGUCGCUUGUGCCGGUGCUCGGCUCCGUCGGGGAGCAGAAGACUAAGCCCACGCAGCACGCGAUCAAGGAGCUGCGAAGCGCUGGUCUGUCGCCCGAUGUGAUCAUCUGUCGUAGCAGCACCGAGCUGGAACAUGCGACCAAGACGAAGAUUGGCAUGUUCUGCCAAGUGCCGGCGAAUCACGUGCUGUCGGUGCACGACGUGAGCAACAUUUACCACGUGCCACUCCUGCUGUCCAAGCAAGGCGCCGCAAGUAUCCUCAUGUCCAAGCUGCAGCUCAUGGACCGCUUUCGUGAGCCAGACCUGGCUGCUUGGUCAGCUAUGGCCCAUCGCGUGGACUCUUUCGAGCAAGUGUGCAAGAUUGCUCUCGUCGGCAAGUACACGGGUCUACAGGACUCGUACUUGAGUGUCAUCAAGGCGCUGAAGCACGCGACCAUGAAGUGCAACUACGACCUGGAGAUCGAGUGGAUCGAAGCCAGUGACUUGGAGGUAGAAAUGCGCGAGUGCAACCCGAAAGCCUACGACGAGGCGUGGCAUAAGCUGCGCAGCGUGAAUGGUAUCGUAGUGCCGGGUGGUUUUGGCGAUCGAGGCGUCGACGGCAAAGUGCUCACGGCAAAGUACGCGCGUGAAAACCGCGUCCCGUAUCUGGGCGUGUGUCUGGGCAUGCAGGUGGUCGUGAUUGAGUAUGCGCGCAACGUCAUAGGCUGGCAGGAUGCAAACAGCGAAGAGUUUGACGCGGACGCUGGGCACAAGGUGGUAGUGUUUAUGCCUGAGAUCAACCCGGAGGUCAUGGGUGGCACCAUGCGCUGCGGUGAGCGCCGAACGAUCGUGCACGAAAAGGGCGACCCGGCGAAGCGCUCGCUGGUGUCGUAUCUGUACGGCAAGGACAAGCCAAUUCUCGAGCGUCAUCGGCACCGGUACGAGGUGAACCCGGAGCUUGUGCCAGCGAUCCGUGAGGCUGGUCUCAACUUUGUCGGCACGGACGAAAAGGGGGAACGCAUGCAGGUGGUCGAGCUCGACCGCGACGUGCAUCCGUUUUACUUUGCCACGCAGUACCAUCCCGAGUUCAAGUCGCACCCGAACGAGCCGUCUCCGCCGUUCCACGGCUUGAUCCUGGCUGCUACGGGCCAACUUGCCGCGUUUAUCAAGGACGUCGAAGUCAAGGAGCAGCAGUCGUGA